GGCGGCGUGCUGCAGAAUCGUAGUCAAUAAGUCUAAGUUACCUACAGAAACUUACAGUAUACUACUGUGCGUCUGUUUCCUACAGACGUUCUAAAUGGAAGCUCCCAUUGCAAUGAUGAUUAUGAUACUGGGCGAUCGAUGACGUUCGCUAUUUUGUGUUGUUCCUCACCCCACGUAAAAUCACGAUGUCAACAAUUCAGAUAUACAGCAGAUAGGUCAAGUGAAAUAAAUUGGGCAUGUUCAUCGAGCUACAGGAAGGCUUCUACAUUUGCGUAGUGUUAGUAUUAUUACGUUAUGGACGGCAUGCAGAAAGCCCGGACGCUGUCAGUCAAUUUCCUUUAAAGCUACGUAAAUGUACGCUCAUCAGCUUUUCGAAGGAAACUGCGUUACUCAGUCGAUCCGCUGUUACAACUCACGAAUCGUGUCGAGCAUUGAUAAGUUAUUAUCGCGGAAGCCAUUUUGAAUAUCCCUAGCCUCGCUAUAAUAUUUUUUAUCUGGAACCAUCUAUAUGACUCAUGCAAUAUACUGUAAUGUUUAGUGGUUGCUAAAAAAAUGUAGUCGCUAUAAGCUCAUAGAUGAUUCGAAUAAGGAAAUUAUUCAUUGCGAUUUAGGUAUUAACGAUCGGCGAUUAAACUGAGAAAAACAAAACAAGACUAAGGCUAAUAUAUUUGUAAAUUUCUAGAAAGAUCAUUUUUUGUAUGUAUUGCACGAUUUUGCGGAUUUCCUUCGUUCUAUAGUAUGUGAGAGAUAAUAUGUUGUUCUGUACGUGUCUCCUAUUAGCAAAAAUAUGCAUCUUUUGUGAACACGUUUUUUAUUCCAUGCUUAUUGUCAAACACGGACUGUCUAUGCUGUAUUUACUGCCAGAUACAGCAUAUGAGUUUUUUUUUUUAUACAAUAUAAGCCAAAACAUUAUUUAGUACGCUUCUUGAGUAUGCUACUGAUUACUCUGCAGCACUUAGAAGAACAAGGCGGUUUGCCGGACGCAUAAUGAUGAUACGUUAGAUAACUGAAUUACCAAGAAGUUUCUGGCUGCACAGAUCGGCACCUUGGGAAUAUUUGUCCUACGAGCAAAGAUGGGUCUCCGAGGACCCUAAAGAAACGAUGCAUCACUGGGAAAUCUUCACUAGACAUUUAGUAACCUUCGCCGAUUGGCGUCAAAACAAGUAGGGAUUUUAGAAACCGCAGCUGAAACGUAUCUAUCAAGCUAAAGGUGCUUCAACAGAGGCUUGGAAACAUUACAGGUUAUGCAUUGAUAUAUCAAUAUAUAAUUAUAUAUUGAUUUUUCGACGAAAGCUUAGUUCAUAUAAAUGUACCGACAGUGUUGAGCAUGAUAAUUCGCUGGAGACUUGUGCCAUUUGGCAGAAGAGGCCGGCACACGCACUUUCUUCAAUUAGCGUACGUGGACUUCUUUGCACAUCUCUGUAAAUGCAAAAACUAAUAUCUCUGACUGGCCUUUAUGAAACGUUUUGUUAUGCGUUUCAGACCUAGGAUUACACAAUAAAAGAGUAGGAAAUUUUCCCUCUAUUUCUUUUUUGUUGUUUUUAGCUCGUAGGGAAAGUCUAUGGACGACGAGGGUAGUCGGGUGAGGGUAACUGAGGAAGGGAUCUGACGUACAAGACAGCUUUCGGGGAGACGCUUAAGGCUGGGAUGCUUUGUAGAAUCCGAAGCGGCUACCCCACUCAGCAUCUAGGCUCAAAAGGGCCUAAGGAGCGGUGUCUGCGGUUACAGGAUGGUGUGGUGUACUGGUUUCACGUGGUAGUGGUAUUGAUGAUAUCAUGAAGUCGGCUGCUCUGCUGACGACUAGUGGGAAACGUCCGCUAACUAGGACAUGUCCCAUGACCUACAAUGACGUCGGCAAGGGCAGAAAUACAGCUUUGUCUUAUUACAUUGACCUUCUGUCUAGAACUGGUGUUUCUUUACACGUAGGAUGAAGUCUUGAAUGAGUGGGUAUGCCCGGAUGGAUUCCAUUAUACUCGUGUUUAAAAUAUAGAGGCUUAUGAUACAUCGAUGUCUGCCGGCAUCGUGAGUUUUCUCUGGAUAUUACGGAGUAAGACAUUAUCGAUGUACAGUUUACAGCAUUUGUUUACAUGUCACUUGGCUCGCGUAAAUGCGUUACUCUUUUUUCGACUUUUCAUUGAUUACUUCCAUAAUUGCAAGGAAAUACUGUAAUCAAGCCGGCUCAGGCAAGGGGAGUGAACAGGUUAAAAAUAAGCAUCAAAUGAGAUUUUACACGAAUAGUUCGUAAAUUUGUUUAUUAAAAAAACAGCUACCAUUACCGUCAAAUGACUGUAUUGUAUGUUUACAAAGACGAUUAAUGGUAACGCACUUCUAAGCCAUGUGGUUCGCGAGCGAUUUUCAAAUGUCGUUUGCGCAAAUUGAUCCCAUAUUGCGCGCCUGUGGGACACAUGUGAUAUGCUUGUUAUAGAGAUCCUUUUUUUACUCCGCCCCAUACAGCUCAGCAUCACCCUGGGCAAGUCGGCCCUCUUCAUCUACCCUUUAGGGCCACAGAGUUUUUAGCAAGUACAGUUCCUGCCAAGCAAGAGACCGCAGUAAGGAAAAAAGAAGUAACCGAAAGCUUUUCCUCUUUUCUUCUAAGCGUAAGGCGCAUCAACCGAAACCUUGUUUUCCUGCAGAUGACAGGAUCAUUAUCCGGAACUUUCGGGAGAAUUGCAAUUACUGUCCCUUUUAUUUCCCAGGUUUGUUAUGCAGAAGUUGAAAGUCUAGUUGUUGAAGGGUUUUUACUAAUUUAUCGUCAAGCAAGUUAGUAUCUAGUGAUAAUAACAUUAAUAAUUAUUAUUAUUUGCAGGCAAGGCGCUUUGCUACAAAUUUUGGAAGAAUAUUGAUGUCGUCAAAACACUCAGUUAGCGCUAUGCGCACGCCAUGACGCUGCAGCAUUACGACGAAUCACAUAAUUUUGAAGAGAACGGACUUUGCUAACUCAAAAUGAGAAUGGAUCGGUAAAGGUGCAAAGCACCAAAUGAGGAUUUAUUUAUUUAAAGAGGUUUCUACACAACAGACUCAAAAUGCUUAACAAGAUUCGUGAAAAAAUUGCCGUAAUCGGUCUUUCAGCCAAAACCGCGCAUUGCACUAGCAACGAUAAUGAAGACACACGGGCCCUUGUUUCCCAAUCGUCGGUGGAUUCAAACGACGGUGCACAUGAUGGGGGUGGGAGUUCAACGAAAUGUCAACUCGAUUCGAUGUCAGUUGAAUUGGGAGAUUCAGAAAGCGGAUUGUCACUUCAACGAGGUCUCCUUUUAGCCGCUGCGUCUUCGUUCUUCUUCUCGCUAUGCUCGGUAAUCGUUAAAAAGCUGGAUUAUAUGCACCCGGGAGAACUGGCCUGCCUUCGUUUUGUCGGUAUUUUCAUGUGCACGCUCCCAUAUGUAUUGGCACGCCGUCAAUCCCUGCUAGGGCCUAAGGACAUGCGAGGCCUGCUGAUAUUACGGGGUUUAGCCGGCAGCACGUCGCUAUUUCUACGCUUCUGUGCCUUGCACUAUUUGCCGUUAGCGGAUGCAUCUGUGAUUAUCUUCUCGGUUCCCGUCUUCGUCACCUUAAUGGCUAAAUUUUUUUUAAAUGAAUCCUGCCCUCUUUUUCAUUGGGUCUCGAUCAGCAUCACAUUGCUUGGUAUUGCUCUGAUCACAAAACUGCCCAUGUUUUUCGGGCACGAUACAACUCAUUACAUUGACACUACUCGCGUUUCUUCGUUGGGCAAGGAAGUUCCAUUUAACGUCACACCCGAUUCUAGUAUCGAUAGAAGCACUUCUUGGACAAGUGUUGGCGGUAGCAGCAGGGACAGCGGCAGUAAUCGUGGCGGAUUUCUAAAUACUGCUCAGACAUUUCUAGUGGAAGGCGAAGCGUUUAAGACGAACGAAACUGAAAGCUCAGAUCGACUAUAUGGGACUAUAGCGGCAUUGGCGUCGACGAUAUUUGCCGCGUCGGUGUACGUUUUGCUUCGAAAAUUGCGCGACAUCGACCCGUUCGUCGUGCUACUCAACCUUGGCUGGGUGGCUGUUAUAGAAACAGCCCUCCUAACGUUAAUCCUCGGCCGAUUUACACUUCCGCGAACCGGUUACGAUCAAUUACUUGUCAUCGGACUUGCGCUCUGCAGCUUCCUCGGACAGGUGUGCCUAACUCGAGCCCUACAAAGUGAGCAAGCUGGGCCGGUAUCUGUUGUUCGAUCCUCGGCAGACAUAGCUCUUGUUUUCGUUUGGCAGGUGAUUAUCUUCUCCAAGUACCCUGACCAAUGGACUAUUUCAGGGGCCUUAAUUGUAUCCGCGUGUGUCAUCUUGAGUGGCCUGCGAAAAUGGCUACUUAGUCUACCGAACAACGCUAUAGCAAAACGACGAUUGCGCUUUCUGACGCUGUAGAACGACGCUUUGAGUAGUUACGGGGAGUGACGUUGCUAGGAAGUGCAAAGAUACUAGUGAGCUGACAUUGACCAGUAGUGAGAAUAUCGUAGAUAUUUCCAACGUUACAAGUGAGGACCAUGUAAUUGUAUUUUGUUUUGGACAGCGCAAAAAUUUCACCGACCGAACUGUUGUCUGUGAUGUUGCCAUGAUAGGCUGCUCUGUAUCAUUUGCGCCUAUUUUAGCCUUCGUUGUACGUUAGUGUAUAGCACCAAAAUUAUAAUGGUGAUAUAAACAUAGACGUUAGAUGUUUCAAGCUCUACGUACGAUAUCACCGUUAGGCCUUCUGCCAGACCAUUACAGAUAAUACACAAUAAAUAACUAGUUGUCUAUUGGUCGAUAAACGUUAUUGUUAUUACCUACUCCAAUGAUCACGACGCUACUGGCAUUACACAUACACACACACACACACACACACACACACACACACACACACCCACCCACAAAAAAACAGCAAAGACACACCCAAAAAUACAGGAACAGAUAUGCCGAGCACCUAAGUACACUGGUCAACAAGUAAAUGGCACAGUUUACGAGUAAAUAAUAUGAUGAUGAUGAUUGUACUAAUGAUUGGUUUGACCGCAUGCGCCCUGAAUGAGCACGUUAAUUUUAUUAACAACGUCGACCAAGAGUUCAGUACUUUACGUAAUCAUAUCGAGCAUUUUUCCAAAAAAAAAAUGCGCUCAAUUUACAAAGAAAAAAAAGAUACCGAGGUAAUUCGCGUUAUUUUGAGUUCGUCCACUCUCAUUUGCUAGGACCGUAGGCUGAGCUAUUACGUCUGCACCUAUAUACAGGAAGGUGAAUCGGCAUUGAAUCCUAUCUUUAUGGCUGUUGUUGCCAGGUCAGGUACAAAUGAUCAAACACGAGCCCGCACCCUCAGAAGAGAUAAAUGUAUAGGUUAAUUGAUGUUUAAUAAAGAGUCUAUAGAAACCAUUUUAGUAAGUGUGAUAUGCUAAAAUGGGGGAACAUGCCUAGGAUCGUAAUACCUUACGCUCUUAUGGUGAACGUAACUUUUCAAAUGUAGCUUGAACUACACGGUGUCGAUGGAUGCCGCUAACACAUAUGCACGCAAAAUCUAUGGGCUCUAUAUGAUCUCUAAGUUUUCGCAUAUCCUACUGCCAAUGCGCUCGACCAACUUCCUAAACUUCACAUAAUAACACCUUCAACGCAAAAGUUGCUUGUGAUUCUCCGCUUUUCGGAUACAGUACGUACUAGAGAAAUGGCCGCCGUUUGAAAAUUACAGUAUUAAUAACAGACGUUCUACCAGUUCACAACACAAACAUUUUGAGCCUAAUAUUCAAUAACAAGCAGAAAUAAAUAUAAACUAGCCGGUAUAUUGCCACUCGAGCCUUCCGUUUGAAGAAGAGUCAAUUCCUCUCGAGCGGGAAAAGUGUUUUCCUGUUAUAUCGCUAACUAAUAAAAUUUGUAGCAAGGAUGUAAGUUAGAAAUUGCAAUAAACAUUUGAACUGAAGUUUUGUGAAAACUUCAUUCGUUCAACACAAACAGCACUGAACUGCGCUACCAGAUUAACAAUAAUUGUUUUUUUUCGGCGAUACGUGCUAGAAUAUUAAGUGUACUGGAAAGGUCUGACGAAAAAGGUUAAUGAUGGACUGUGAGAACCACAGCUUAUAAGCAAAGAUCGUAUAUAUUUAUCUUCUUGACUAGUCACGGACAGAACACGAACUUCACGAGAUGUUCAACGACGAAUCUAGUUUAAUUCAUUAUAAUAUACGGUGCAUAGGAACUAGUGACAUGUUAUUAUAGUCCCAAUUUCAGGGGACUUAACGCUUGUUGUCUUCAUAUAUUAUAAUUAACGAAUAAUUUAACGGAGCACUUCAACGGUAUGCAUCGUCUAAAUAAGUAACUUCAGCAUAUACAAUACUUAUUGCUACUUUUCUGGCCACACAGGGAUAAAAAUAACAUGUUCGAUAUACAUACAGCCAUAAUGAUUUUAAGCAUAGGACAGAGAAAUCGUAGAAAGGAAAAUUUCAACAUCAUCGAGAAUAACUAUUUCCACAUGUUUCAUGUUACUGGACUAGUAAACACUAGGGUUAGUGUAUAUUAAUCCAUUUCGGGAUGGACAAUGGUUAUCAUACCGCCUAUAUACGUGUAGAAUGCUGAAUGCGUACCCGUGCACGUAUUACGUAACGCUAAUGCUGAGUAAAUAUCUCUUAUUGAAUACGUGACAAUGUCCUCCAUGAUGUAUCCACUAUGUGUCAAUACGUGAGCAGCAAAUAAUAAGUGUUUCUAUGAGGAUAACCUAACCUAAUCUAACAUACGAUAAAGAUUCAGUAGUAGCAACUGGCUCCGGUUGUGAACUUAAACUUUGCUACUGGUACCACUGUAAACUGUAGCAGCUUUGAGAAGAAGAGUAACUUGUAUGGGUACAGCUUGCAAUAUGUCAGUGUAGACGCAGAAGAUUUCCGAUCGCGGUUUUGUUCUCUAAGCUGGCGGUCUUUGGUCAUGCCAUCGAAAAAAGAAAAACGAAUCUAUGGCCACUUUGAACUGAUAAUAGUUUGCAUACUGAACCCUUACGGGAGCAUUUAAUUGACAUUACAUAAUCGACAAUUUUAGGUAGCCUUAUACAAGGAGCACGAUUCCUACUUCGUCUAUAAUAGAGCAAUAUGAAUUGUCAGCUUGUCUCAUUUUUCGUGCCUCGUUGCGCCGACUUAACGUGCCUCAAGGCUUUCUUUACUGGCGACUUGUAACGGUACUUUCAUAUGAGUAAAUAAACGCCAGACACAUGGAUGACUGAAUGUCCGUUCACGUCCAAUCAGUUUAUCUUCAUCCUAUAUUAAAAGGUGUCAUCGAACGGUUACCAAGUGAACGAGCUAAUAGAUCUGUAGUAUACAAAUAAUACUACACAGAACCAGGGCUGCGAACUCUGUCGGAGCAAACAUGGCGCAAAAGAUCCGUGUUAUUGAAAAACAGCUGACAAAAGCCUGCCAGGACGGUGCCUGGAAGCGUGGCGAGGUGAGUGAGAGAGGCUCUAUGGUGCGCAAUGUAUAAAUUGCCGCCAAAUGUCAGUGUUCGAUGAAAUUAUGAAUUUCUGAGAUUAAAUAUGAGCUAUUGGAAGUUGCAGGACGUGCGAUACGAUAUGUAAGCUUGUGAUCACUCUAUCUCACCUGCCACACGUAACAGACAGUGUCUAGAGGUAUAAAGUUCAACUUGUAAUUACCGUUGGUGUUGUAAAUAUUAUGCGCAGUCGAAUUGGUUUAACAACAUUUUCGUCCAGGCCUUUGUGUAACUGUAGCUGCUUCAUAUGCACAUAUGUAUGUAUACACUAGCAGCGCUAAGCGUAUACAGGCAGUCCCGCCGCUUCGAUGUGUUUGGUUCGCUUCUGAAUUGCUUGUAUAUAAUAUAGGGAAAAAAAAAACUAUCCUUAAAUUUUAUGGGUGGAAGAUUUGACAUCGACAAAUCUGCUAGCGUAAUACGGCAUACGAUGCAGAAUCUAAGUAUACUGAAAGGUACCGCUGAAAUUUUAAUUAAACAAAUUCACUGCAUUUAAAUUUACGCGAGAUUUCUUUGAAUCCUCAGUCAUAUAAAGAUUACUCGAUUGUUGCGAACGUGCCAAUAGGUAGAAAAACCCAUUCGCAAAAACAUGCUACUACCCAAUCAAACGAACUGUUGUGAUAAACAAU